AUGUUAGAGUGGGGACUAGGGACUGCAAAAUGUCCAUUGCAAUUCCUCAUGGUGGUGUGGUGUGGAAAGUUUGGCAUGACAACAAGCCCUACUAUUAUUUUUCAAGAAUUUAACAGUUCAGGUUCUGAUGUGAAUUUUUGUGGUGACCUUGCCAAAAGGUUAUGCAUCUUUCUCGCCACUUUGUUCGUUAUAGUCAGGGUGCUGGAAAUUGCUCAAGGGGGAAAAUCUCUCUACCAAUUGACAUUCCCUUAUAGUGAAUUUAACCAAAAUCCUACAUUUUUAUCUUCUUGUUUGGGUGACAGUUAUGCUGCUUCUAAUUAUAUUGGCUGCUUCCAAAUGAUAUGCCAAGGAUUGAACGAAAUUGCAGUUUCCAAAAUUAUGCUUUCAAAGGGAGAUUCUAUAAUUGCUGCGGAUGCAGCUCAUAUAGUCUUGAUGAUCAUCUAUUCAGGUUGUUUUUUCUCUUCCCCACCCCACCCUAAAAGGAAAAGGUACAUUGUUUUCACUCCCUGGGAGGUCAAGGUCAAGGUCAAAGAAUUUAAAAAACAAGUAGCACAUCCCCUUAUUAGAUGUGCUGGUCUUUGCAGAGAGUACUUGAUAGUGGACCCAGCCAAGCUGAAGAAGGCCGAGAUAGUUGAGGCUGCAAGUUGA